AUGACUGAGCACCAUGACAUCAAGAAGCAGGCAGAUUUCGACCUCCUCCCGCGACCUAGGAGGGCUGGCUGGCAAGCUCACUGGCCCAAGUAUCACAUCCAAGCUCACGCUAGGAUGCAGAAUCGGUCCGCGGUUCGAUUGGCCGGCUGCAGGGGACAAGUGCAGGGCCCGACAUCCCCAGGCUUUGGCCCGGUGGCCCAGGCUCUGGAGGGGCCAGGUGGAGUUCUGGCGCCGGGAGAGCGGUCGCUAUGGCCCAUCACCGGCCAUGGUCUCUGGAGUGGUUGGACCAUGGGGCAGUACCACGGACGCGGGGGCGGGCAGGGUGCGGGUAUGGAACUGGAGCCUACCGCCUACCGCCUACCGCCUACCGCAAACCACAAACCACAAACCAGAGACCACAGACCGCAGACCACAGAUGGGAUGGGCCAGCCAGGUGGGACUGUGGGAGCAGAAGAAGGUACCGCGGCCAGAUUGGGCCUGGUAUCGUAUGGUACGAAUGGGUCACUCUUGGCGUCUCUCUGGGCAGUGCUGGCGCUGCUGGUGUAG